GGGCUUUCGACAUCCGGCGAGAUCUUUCUUAGACAGACAACCGCACAUCCCAGCACCAAGGACAGCGGCGGUCCUGCUUUUAAAAACUAGAUCUACGCCUUAUUGUUUGGGAUGUGCCUGGAAUGCAGCCGGGGGUAGCUUGAAUCAAGCGAGGCUGUUUUUCCCCUGUUCGCCCCUUGGUGGAUAUACAGAAGGUUGUUUACCACUGACAUCUCUCCCUACCCUCGGAGCCUGAGCGAUCUGUGUGUGGUGUAACUGGGAGGGGUUUUAUUGGGACCGUGGCUCUCUCAAGGUUGAAUGGAACCUAGUUGUAUCCAGUCAGCGAUGGCUAUGGGGUUAUCCUCUAAAAAAACAUCUUCUAGAAAUACUGCAGUUGAACGAAAAAACCUCAUCGCGGUUUGCAGGUUUUCAGUGAAGACGCUACUGGAGAAAUACACAGCAGAGCCGAUCGAUGACUCAUCCGAGGAGUUUAUCAAUUUCGCAGCCAUUCUAGAGCAGAUACUGAGCCAUCGGUUCAAAGGCCCAGCCAGUUGGUUCAGCUAUGACGGUCAGAGGAGUUUUUGGGAUUUCAUCCGAUUGGCUUGUGGCAAAGUCCCGAACAACUGUGUCACCAGCAUUGAGAACAUGGAGAACAUUAACACUUCCAGGGCAAAGGGCCGUGCCUGGAUCCGAGUGGCACUGAUGGAGAAGCGCCUGUCUGAGUACAUCGCCACAGCGCUGAGGGACUCCAGGACAACCAGGAGGUUCUAUGAUGAUGGUGCGAUCAUGGUGAGAGAGGAAGCCAUGGUGCUCACGGGGAUGCUGAUUGGUCUAAGUGCGAUAGACUUCAGUUUUUGCCUGAAGGGUGAGGUAAUGGAUGGAAAGACGAUCGCAGUGAUUGACUACACCCCCUACCUGAAGUUUACCCAGAGCUAUGACUACCUGAGUGAUGAUGAGGACAGGCAGAGUGUGGACAGCAGCACCAGUGACGAGAGCAUCUCAGAGCACCCCUACCUCCCCCUGGUCCCCGACGACGAGAGCUGGGCCAACAAGUGCCGCAAGAUGGAGCAGAAGUUCAAGAUCGUCUACGCACAGAAGGGGUACCUGGAGGAGCUGGUCAGGCUGCGGGAGUCCCAGCUCAAGAACCUGGAGGUCGAGAACAAGCAUCUGCAGCUGCGUGUGGAGGAGAUGAAGGUGCAGAAUCAGCUGGAGAAGAAAGAGAUGGAAGGCAUCGUGCUGGAACUGCAGGAGCAGCUGACUGGCCUGAUUCCCUGUGACUCCAAUCAUUUGUCUAAAGAGAUGACUAUCCCACUAGUGAACCAGUGGCCUUCUCUGGGAGCCUUCAAUAAUGAAGAGGACGUCAAGCUCUACAGAAGAAGUUACCACAGCGCAGAGCAGCUCUCCGCAGAGAUCAGUCUGGACUCAGACUCCCAGAAGAUGGAAGGGAAGCAGAAUGGACAGUCCUGGUGCACUGCAGGAAACAAGUUUGCAAAAAGCCAUGCUGGACAGGAUACUCCCGAGAGUGCAGAGAGCAGGUGGAGAGAGAGGGGAGCGGGGCGCAGUAUGGAGGUGCAAUGGGAACAGAGCAGGAAAAAUAAUCAGACUUGGCAAAGACUAUACCCCGUCAAUGCUAGGUCUGUGCGGCUCUCUGGCUUCUAUCCCCAGCUGUAAGUCUCUGCCCAGCCUGAAGUCCAGCGAGUGCCUGGUCCCUGUCAGCACUGAAGCCAGUCCAGCCCUCUCCCCCAGCUAAGGGAAGGGCAGGGCUCCUGCUUGCAUCGCCACCCUGCUCCUAGCUCAACUCCGACAUUCCUAUCAAGACCACUGCUCUCUGUUCCUGUGGGGCUGUUUCAAUCCUGCUUUGAAUGACAGAGCUCCGACCUGCCAUGACCCAUACUGUCUGUAUCUGCAGCCACUAUCUGUCCAUCUGUCUGUUAGGGAUUAGUUAUGGCUAAAAUGAUUUGCCCUUUAACCUUUUUUUUAAAUUUUGACUUUGAAUGGGUUUCUGGCAUAGCAAACAGUGCCCUCCGGUGGACAAAUGUUUUAUAAUUUACUGCACACAAUUCCUGUCUAUCUGUCUAACCUUCUAUCUGUCUGUCUAUCUAUCUACAGUGCCUUGCAUAAGUAUUCACCCCCCUUGGACUUUUCCACAUUUUGUAGUGUUACAACCUGGAAUUAAAAUGGAUUUAAUUGGGAUUUUUACCAUUUGAUUUAUACAACAUAUUUAACACUUUGAAGGGGCAAAAUAUUUUUAUUGUGACACAAAAGUUAAUUAAACAAAAAAAAGACAUUUGUUGGUUGCAUAAGUAUUCACUCCCCUGAGUCAAUACUUGGUAGAAGCACCUUUGGCAGCAAUUACAGCUGUGAGUCUUUUUGGGUAAGUCUCUACCAGCUUUGCACAUCUGGAUCCUGCAAUUUUUUCCCAUUCUUCUUGGCGAAAUUGCUCAAGCUCUGUCAAGUUGGAUGGGGACCGUUGGUGAACACCAAUUUUCAAGUCUUGCCACAGAUUCUCAAUCGGAUUGAGGUCUGGGCUUUGACUGGGCCGUUCUAAGACAUUCAGGUUCUUGUAUUUAAACCACUCCAGUGUAGCUUUGGCUGUGUGUUUAGGGUCAUUGUCCUGCUGGAAGGUGAACCUCCGCCCCAGUCCCAGGUCUCUUGCAGACUGAAACAGGUUUUCCUCUAGAAUUUCCCUGUAUUUGGCUCCAUCCAUCUUGCCCUCAAUCCUGACAAGUUUCCCAGUCCCUGCCGAUGAAAAGGAUGGUGUUCUCAGGGUGAUGAGCAGUGUUGGCUUUGCGCCACACAUAGCGUUUUGCGCUAAGCCAAAAAGUUCCAUUUUGGUUUCAUCAGACCAGAGAACCUUUUUCCACAUGUUUGCUGUGUCUCCCACAUGCCUUUUGGCAAAAUCCAAACAGGAUUUGAUAUGGGUUUUUUUCAGCAAUGGCUUUCUUCUCCAGCUCCUUCAGAGUUACCAUUGGCCUCUUGGUUGCUUCUCUGACUAAUGCCCUCCUUACCUGGUCACUGAGUUUUGGUGGACGGCCAUCUCUAGGCAGAGUCGCGGUUGUGCCAUAUUCUUUCCAUUUUUUAACAAUGGAUUUAAUGGUGCUCCGGGGAUGUUCAAAGUUUGGGAUAUUUUUUUAUAACCCAACCCUGAUUCGUGCUUCUCCAGAACUUUAUCCCGGACUUGUUUUGAUAGCUCCUUGGUCUUCAUGAUGCUGUUUGUUUAGAUAUGCUCUCUAACAAACUUUGGGGCCUUCCAGAAACAGGUGUAUUUAAUCUGAGAUCAUGUGACACUUUAAUUGCACACAGGUGGACUCCAUUGAACUAAUUAUGUGACUUCUGAAGGCAAUUGGUUGGACCAGAGCUUAUUUAGUGGUGUCACAGCAAAGGUGAAUACUUAUGCAAUCAAGACUUUUCAGUUUUUUAUUUGUAAAUAAUUUUGAAAAAUAUGUAGAUUUUUUUCCCCACUUCGACAUUAUGGACUACUUUGUGUAGAUCAGUGACAAAAAAUCCUUAUUAAAUCCAUUUGAAUUCCAGGUUGUAACACUACAAAAUGUGGAAAAGUCCAAGGGGGGUGAAUACUUAUGCAAGGCACUGUAUCUAUCUAUCUAUCUAUCUAUCUAUCUAUCUAUCUAUCUAUCUGUCUGUAGGGAAGAUUCAAUAAAAAAAAAAAUUAAAAAAAAAAAAAAAACUUUUUGCUGGGGAAGUCCACAAAAUUGGAACAGGUUAAAGAACAGACAAAGUUGCAAAGAGCCUUGCUGAUUUAAAUAUUGCAGCAGUCGUGUACUGUAUAUGCAAUAAAUGUUAACUAUACGAGGAGGUCAAUUUUAGUGGGAUGAUUGUGCUUACAAUAGUAAUAGGAUGAUUGUGCUGUACAGUAUUAAUGGGAUGAUUGCGCUGUACAGUAUUAAUGGGAUGAUUGUGCUCUACAGUAUUAAUGGGAUGAUUGCGCUGUACAGUAUUAAUGGGAUGAUUGUGCUCUACAGUAUUAAUGGGAUGAUUGCGCUGUACAGUAUUAAUGGGAUGAUUGCGCUGUACAGUAUUAAUGGGAUGAUUGCGCUGUACAGUAUUAAUGGGAUGAUUGUGCUGUACAGUAUUAAUGGGAUGAUUGCGCUGUACAGUAUUAAUGGGAUGAUUGUGCUGUACACACAGCAUGUGUGUUUGGAAGCUGCCUGUAUACUUUGUUACUGCCCUGUUCUCUGCAACCAUUCGGUCUCAUUUUCCAGAGUAUAUGUGUAAGGGCUCAUUGAAUAUUAACACUUGGAACUUGUUUUUGCUAACACAGUGGCACAAUCUCUUGUCUCUGGAAAUGUGAUCAAAUAGCGCCAUAGAACUGGAAGAUAGCGCUGUAAUAAAGCUGUACUCCCCCUGCCGCCCCCCCCCCCCCUCCUCCUCCUCUAGAUCUAUCAGUCUGUCUGUGUAUACCUCCGCAAUGUGGAUAUCAUAACUGCAUAAUCAUAUUACCAUAUAUACUUAUACAUGUACAAGUCACAGGGCAGUAUGAGACUUGGAAUACUUCUAGGUAAUCAGAAUCCAUUGCUAGUAGCAACUUGCAAUUUUCUUCUGGAUUUUAGAUUGCAAACCAUCUGAUCUGAAGCCCCCAGCCUGGAUUAUUUAUCAAUACGUCUAUAGAGCUGUAUACACCAUGCUGCCAAUCUCUUAGAAAUAUACCUGGAGCUGCACUUCCAGCACCAGUGCUGGAUCCUGCUUACCUUUUCCAGGGACAUUGCUCUGAGAUUGGUCCACUUCUUUAGGGUUAUCCCAAGAUUGCAACCUUAAAACAGCUUGUUCUGUAAACAGUUCUACCCGGCGGGUGCCAUUUGCUGAGCUGCCAUCCAAAAAGGUGAAUUUUGAACCUGCGUAACCACGCGGUUUCGCAGACAGACAGAUGUGUGCUAUGAGAUACACUGGUUAAUGCCAGUGGGACUUCUAGACUCCAAGAACCAAUGUGUGUCCACACAGCAGCGUCAUGUGAGACAGAAUGCCUUUGCCAUUGGACGAGUGCGUCUUGACAGGCAGUUCUAGUAGAGUGGCAGCGUGGUGUGUAUGACUUUAUAUACAGUACAGACAUAUUCAAAGGGGUGCUAACUCAAGUCUUUAAAAUCCAUAUUCUUUCUUUUUAACAUUAGUCCACUCAGUAUUAUGCGGAAGGUCUUUUGUUUUAUUUUUAUUUUCUUACUUUAGCACUUCCUGUGCUGUAGGUCAGUUUAACUUGCAUGGUCUAGCCUCACUCCUGUGAUCCAAGCCUCACUAUGGGUGUGACCUACAACCAAGGAAGUAAUAAGGCAACAUCAGGACCUUAUGUAUAUCCAUGGUGUUGUAUAUUUAAUUAAAGAACAAAAAGAUCUUACGGUAAUGGGUUAAUGUUUGGAUUUUAAAGGCUUGGUUGUCACUUCUUUAAGAGUUCUGUUUGGGUAAACACAAAGAAAUGUAAUGUAAAUUAAGUUCAGAAUGUUAUAGGUGAUAUUUUAGAAUUAGAUUAAGUAAAUACACCUGUAUGAAAAUGUAAAGUGAUUGUGAUUCAAACAUUUGAUGGUCAGUAGUUACAAUAAGACUGAAACUGAGUAA